AUGUCCGACCCCGCCCGGUCACGCUUCGGUCACGGCGUCCUGCGCUCGUUUGACGCAUGGCGAGGUUCCCGGGAUUUCCUCGCCGACGUCAUCGAAUCCAGUCGGGCAUCAAGCGAGACCGAGGAGCUUCUCCAGCAGAGCCUAGUCGCAGAUUCAGAGGACUGGCAUUAUCUGAUUGACUGCGCCGAAUCACUCCGGAGGCUACGCGGCUACGACCAGCAAAGUCUAGAUGGCCAAGAUGUUGCUACCCACGUCUGGAGGAUACUGAAUGGGUUGGAACCGUCAACCCCGGUGGCAUGGGAAGCUACCGAUCGGCUUAUUGCUCGGGCAAAGGAGCUGGAGCGCGACCCAGAAAUCCGGCCACCGUCCUCAGCCGGGCUUCUCGACCAUCAGCGGCAACGGCGGUGCGACUCGGAAGUCGGGUUGCCCUAUUCUCAGCCGCCGGAGAGCGCGAAGCGCCAUCUCACUACAUCACACUACUGGUCCGACCAGCCCCAAGACCAACGCCCACAAGAAAGCCACAGGCUGUGUGUCUGUGGCGCCGCAAGUAACGGGAGAUGGCAACAUCAACUACAAGAUCAGAGUCUGGGUGUGAAACACGUCAGUUCAACAUCUCCAUACUUUACACCACCAAUUUCGGCACCGGAGCAGAAGCCUCAAGCCAAAAAGCGACCUCCUCGCGGCACGAUAUCUGCAGUGCCAUUCGCGCCUCUCACAUCGCAAACGUUUGGCCUUAUUCAAGAAGUGUUUGCACACGAACCGUUCUGGCUGCUGAUUGCGGUAACUUUUUUGAUCCGAACAAAGGGUCUUCAUGCAAUUCCCGUGUUUUACAAGUUCAAGGAGCGUUUCCCCACCCCGAUGGCGGUUGGCGACCCAGCGAAUACGGAUGAGCUUGUCGGCAUGAUACGCCAUCUCGGGCUCUCAGUUCACCGUGUGGCUUUGAUGCAAAAGUAUGCUCAAGGUUUCCUGCACAAUCCGCCGAGAGCUGGCAAGACGUACAAGGUGAAAAAUUACGACCCAAGGGACUUUGACCCGUCGGCAAAAGUAUUUCAAGAGUUGAACAGCAACCCUUCAACACCUUCGGAGGAAGACCCGGAUGAGCAUGACCUUGAAGCGUGGGAGAUUGGACAUCUCACCAAAGGCAAAUAUGCCAUCGAUAGCUGGCGGAUAUUUUGCCGUGAUGAGCUGCUCGGCCGAGCCACGGAUUGGAACGGGGGUGGGCGAGAGCCAGAGUUUCAGCCCGAGUGGAUGAGGGUCCGGCCAGACGACAAGGAGCUCAGGGCAUAUCUAAGAUGGAUGUGGAUGAAGGAGGGCUGGGAGUGGGAUCCCGUCUCAGGUGAACGCACCGUCUUGCGGGAGGAGAUGCAGCGGGCAGUAAACGAGGGAAGAGUCGAGUACGAUGACACGGGCGGAUUAAGGAUCUUGGAAGAGCCGAGAGAACAUGUGCGUACUGUAUCUGGGACUGACUAA